AUGGAUAAUGAUUUGGCACAAAUCCCAAUAAAAACAAAAUAUGGAAUUUUAAUUUGCCAGCCUUUGGAGCAGUUUAAAGGACUUGAAGUAAAAUUUAAAUUAAACAAUAAAAAUAUUUGUGAUGUUGCCGACGAAUUUGGGGAAAAUAUUUUGGAAAAAAUUGAAAUAGAAAAAGGAAAAAAUAAAAAAGGAUGCUCUCCUAAUUUAAUAAAAAUUAAUUUGAAAGAAAAAUUGAAAAAAUAUUUUAAUACAGAAAAGACUAAUUUAAACGAUUUUUUAAUUAAAAAUAGAGAAAGGAUGAUUAAUGAAUUGGAGGGAAGUUGUGGAGAAAAUAUUUUAAAAAUUAAUGCCGAAAAUUGGUUAUUUUUGGGGGGAACGGGUAAAAAUGAAUCUACGGUUAAUUGUCGAGGGGGUAUUGUUAAUGAAUUGAAUUUGAAGAUUGAAGAAGCGAUUGAACGUCUUGUGAAGAAAAUACCUGAAGAUGGCCAACUUAGGCAAGAAUAUGCAUCAAUUCGUGCUCAUUAUCUAAUGAACAAAAUGGGGCUUAAAUUAUACUCUAAACUAGUCAAAAUAAUCGGGGGAAAUGAGAAGGAUUUGGUUAAAUUAUUCGAAAAAUUAGAGGCUCCUUUUGAUAUAGAGUUAAUCGAAAAUUCUUUAUAUGCAAAAACAAUAGUUGAAGAAAUGUUUGAUUUAAUGUCUGGGAACGGGGAAGAAUUGGAAAACUUGAAGGAAGCAAUUCAAAAUCCAAAUGUUGAAUUGCCUGAAGAAAUGGUUGAUGAGAGAAAAUGGAUAAAGUCUUUGACUGAACGUGUAUUAGUUAAUAGAGAAAGUCCAAAAAGUUCAAGUAAAUCACCUAAGGUACUUCACUAUUAG